UUUCUAAAUCCUAUAAGGUCACACUAUAACGCGCAAAAACCAUACUGUUUGCCGACCCAAACAAUGCUUUUCAAUUGGAAACCGCAAGAUGUCCAUGGCUAAAUAUCUAAAUCGCUCCGUGGGAAAAGCCAGCAAGGAAGUGGCCGUGAGGAUCUGCACCCUGAAGCCCAAGGAACCGGAGCACCAUGCAAUACACCUAAGCGCUGGCGAGAACUUCGUGGGACGCAGCCGGGAAACUGGGAUCCGGGACUCCAAGUGCUCCAAGCGACAAAUCCAACUGCAAGUUGAUCUGAAGAAGGCCGUGGUUGCGCUCAAGGUCCUGGGAGUCAAUCCCUGCGGCGUCAAUGGUCUGAUGGUGAUGCAGCACUCGGAAUGUGAGCUAAAGCACGGAGAUCUGGUGGAGAUCGUCUACGGCAGGCAUCCUUUCGAGGUGGUUUUCAGUCCUCCCCCGUCGGAUGAAAAGGAGGAAGCCGCUGCCCCGUCCUUAUCGUCAUCGGUUUCCGAGAAUUCCGAGAGAUGGGACUCGGUCGCCAAUGGUAAACUGGUUAUCUUCACCAGCGCUGGGGUGACAGCCUCCGAGAAGAUAGCCGGCUAUGAUAUGGACGGAACCAUCAUCAAAACUAAGUCUGGACUAGUUUUUCCUAAAAAUACUGACGACUGGCAGAUCAUAUUCCCCGAGGUGCCGGAGAAACUAAAGAGUCUCCACAAGGACGGGUUCAAGAUCUGUUUCUUCACCAACCAAGGAGGGAUUGCGCGCGGGAAAAUCAGCCUAGAUGACUUCAAGGUUAAGGUCAAGCAAAUUGUGGCCAAACUUGGAGUUCCCAUCCAAGUGUUCAUAGCCAUAGGUGAUGGACUCUACCGCAAACCGCUAACAGGAAUGUGGCAUCACUUGAAGACAGAAAUGAAUGAGGGUGUAGAGAUCCAGGAAGAUCGCUGUUUCUAUGUGGGCGAUGCAGCCGGAAGACCGGAGACGGGAAAGGGAGCCACCAAGCAGCGCAAGGAUCACUCCCUCGCAGACAGACUCUUCGCCGCCAACAUUGGACUGUCUUUCUACACGCCCGAGGUUCACUUCCUGAGCAAGCGAGUCGAGCAGUGGAACAAGCCGGACUUCGAACCCACUACCUUCCAGGGAGAGGUGGCUUUGCUUGACCCAGAUGACCUGACCUUCGAGGACCACCCCUGUGAAAUGAUCAUAAUGGUCGGUCUGCCGGGAUCCGGGAAGAGCCACUUCUGUGCGUCCUUCCUCAAAUCGCGUGGCUACAAGAGCGUCAAUGCAGACACCUUGGGAAGCACUCAAAACUGCCUAACUGCUUGCAAACGCUUCUUGGAAGCCGGGCAAUCCUGUGUGGUGGACAACACCAAUGUGGACGCGGCCUCUCGCAAGAAAUUCCUGCAGCUUGCUAGCGAAAUGAAGAUUCCCUGCCGCUGUCUUGUGAUGAAUGUGCCCGUGGCCCAAGUGAAGCACAACAUCGCCUUCAGAGAGUUGUCAGACUCCACGCACUCCAAGAUCAAGGACAUGGUCUUUAACAUGAUGAAGAAAAAGUACCAGGAGCCAGCUCUAGACGAGGGAUUCAAAUCGAUUCACAAAGUGAACUUCAAGCCGGAGUUCGCCGACGAAAAGCAGAAGAAACUAUACAAAAUGUACUUGUUGGAGAAGUAA